AUGGCUCGCUCUACAAUCCUCCUCUUCGGCCUUGCUGGUGCCGUCGCCAUUGGCUCAGCCGCCUUUACAGUCCUCUCUUCUCCCCUCGGAAAGCGCAGUCUCUUGACCGUUGUCGCUUCAGGCAUAGCCCUCUUCAUCUUCGCCUCAACAAGACAUAUUCAGCUUCUCUCACGUCGCAACCCCAAACGAAAUGCGAGACUGCAGGUGAAUACCAAUCCGCGAGCUGCUCGUCGGCCACCACUUGACUACAACCUGUUCGUCCUCGGCUCAGGCGGGCACACCAAGGAAAUGCUCAUGAUGAUGGACGACGGCUCCCACGACUUCACCAAUUUUCAUCGUCGCUAUCUCAUUUCCAGCGGCGACACCAUGUCAGAGAACCACCUCGAAGAAUACGAAGACAGCCUCAAGACUCUGUGUCAAUCUCACCAAUCUUCAUCCGGCACCUACGACAAGCGCAUCGUCACUCGCGCACGCAAAGUCCACCAACCUCUCUGGUCAACGCCCUUUACGGCUCUGCUCAGCAUUCUCGACAUUUUUCCCGCGCUGCUCGUUCCGCCGGACAAUGAAGCAGGCAGAAAAUUGCGGUAUCCUAGCAGGGUCUUUUCAAACGGGCCGGCUACGGGAUUCUUUGUUGCGCUGGCGAUACAUCUGCUAAAGAUGCUUUAUGUCGUCCCGGAGAGCUGUAUGAAGGUUGUAUAUAUUGAAUCUUGGGCUCGUAUCUCGACGCUGAGUCUGACGGGCAAGUUACUGUUGCACACUGGUAUAGCAGAUGUCUUUGUUGUACAGCAUGAAGAGGUGGCGCUGCGGUACGGCGUACAAAACGCUGGAGAAAUUGUGUUUAAUUCUCGCCGCUUGGAUGAUAUAGAACCAAGCCCAGUCAAAUGCUAG